GUGUGUGUGUGUGUGUGUGUGUGUGUGUGUGUGUGUGUGUGUAUUGUGAGAUCAUAUGAAUGAGUGUGUGUGUGUGUGUGUGUGUGUGUGAGUGUGUGUCGGUGCAUCUGAGAGCUACAAUGGCGCCCGGUUUCGCCGCCACGUCUCGUGCUGUGCGGCUGAGCGCGUGCGUGCUGUGCGCGCUCCUGUGCGCCGGUGUGCGCGCGGGACUCUACACGGACGCGGAUCAGAUUCUGAUCCUCAGUCCGGACCAGGUGGAUACGGAGCUCUUCCAUUCCUCCUCCGCCACGCUGGUGGAGUUCUAUGCGUCCUGGUGUGGACACUGCGUGGCCUUCUCUCCGGUGUGGAAGAGCCUGGCACUGGACAUCAAAGAAUGGAAGCCGGCGGUGAAUCUGGCGGCGAUAGACUGCGCCGAUGACGAGAACUUCAAAGUGUGUAAGAGAUUCGGCAUCAGAGGUUUCCCCUCCAUAAAGAUUUUUCCAGCGUUCAGCACCAACGACUCUGCAGCUCAGAACAUCAGAAAUUUCAGGCGAGACGUCCCAGGCCUUCGUCACCUCAUCAUCGAUAAACUGGAGUCGUUUAAGGAGGCGUGGCCGCCGGCCUUCCCCCCACUGGAGGCCACCAGUGCGACAGAACUGGACGCUUAUUUACAGAACUACAGCGGGCAGCACGUGGCGCUGGUGUUCGAGAAGAAAGAUUCCUACAUGGGUCGAGAGGUGAUUCUGGACCUGCUGCAGUUCGAGAACGUCGCCGUGCGGCGGGUGUUGGAGUCGGAGGAGGAGCUCGUGUCUCGACUGGGCGUGGCCGACUUCCCUUCCUGUUACCUCUACUAUUCACCGACCAACUUCUCCCGACUUUCAGUUCUGAACGAGACCCGGGCGUUUUACUCCUCCGCCCUGCAGAAGCUUCCCGGUGUGGUACGAGCAGGAAAACCCAAACCUGCAGUUACAGACCUCAUCAGGAACGAGACAGAGGAGCAGUGGAGAUCCUUCAACAGAACCCGUGUGUACAUGUCUGAUCUGGAAUCAGCUCUUCACUAUUCUCUGCGUGUGGAGGUGGCGGCUCAUACCACCGUCAGUGGAGACGAUCUGACGGCGCUCAGAGGCUUCGUCUCUGUACUGACCAAGUAUUUUCCAGGCAGGCCUCCAGUUAAAUGUGCUCUAAAGGCCGCGUUUGAUUGGCUGCAGGAGCAGAAAGGAGCGUCCAUCAGCUACUCGGACUUCAGAGCCGCGCUGGACGUCAAGAGUCCCAAUGCGUCUCUCCCCGGAGGUGUGAGGUGGGUGGGGUGCCAGGGUUCGAAGCCUCAUACCCGCGGUUAUUCCUGCGCCAUGUGGACGCUGUUCCACGUGCUGACGGUUCAAGCCGAACGAACAGGAGCUGAAGACCCACAGGAGGUGCUGCAGGCCAUGCGGCGCUACGUCCAGAGCUUCUUCGGCUGCCACGAGUGCGCGCAUCACUUCGAGAGCAUGGCUGAGGAGGACCUGGACGACGUGACCACGCUGGGCGGCUCCGUGCUCUGGCUCUGGUCCCGCCACAACUGCGUCAACAACCGGCUCGCAGGUGCCCUGAACGAGGAUCCUCACUUCCCCAAGUUGCAGUGGCCUCCUCCUGACCUGUGCCCCGCCUGUCACGGCGUGGACCGCAGCGGAGAACACGUCUGGGUGCAGAAGGAGGUCCUGUCCUUCCUGAAGCACUAUUACUCCUCCCAGCGACUCCUGCACGACUUCCUGCCUGAAGAGACGGCGUCCGUGGUGAAGGACCGGCGGAAAGCCCGAGGGGCGCAGGAAGAGGAGGAGAAGACGCCGCCGAAGAUGCUGCGCCGCAAGCCGAGCAUGACCGAGGACAUCGUGGACCUGGACUCCUCCAUCGGGCAUUUUUACAAAGCGUGGUCGGGGCGUCGGAGGCAGGACGGCGAGGACGACCAGCUCCUGGGCGCCAGGCGGGCAAAGCGCGAUCUCGGCGCACAGGAAGUCGAAGGCGAGGCGGGGUUAGCGAUGAACGUAGAGGCGGCGUCUCCGAGGAGCCGUUGGAUGUUGGUGCUGAGCGUCGGUUUCUCUCGGCUGGACGUGAGUCUGUGCGUGAUGUUCUACCUGCUCUCCACGUUCUGCGUCCUCGCCAUGUGUCUUUACUUCAGGGUGAAACGGCGCCUCCGCUGGGCAAAAGUGGCACUACCGUAAGGAAAGCCACUGGAGCGCUCGAACACAUUAUUGUACUUUUAUCCGUGUUCGCACUCAUAUGGAUGCUCAUAGGAUCUUUUUCCCUCAACUUCUGAUUAAUUUUUACAUUUAUUUUUAUCUUGCUUUGAUUUUACACGUGUUUUUAUCCUCUGUAACAAUUAUUAAUCACUUUUAAUAAAAAUACAACUCAUUAUUG